GAGCCGCUGACAUCCAUCCAGAACAGGAACUUAUCUGCUACAAACCAUCCGGCACAUAAAGCAAGUAGAUAAGUACUUUUUGGGUUCUCACUUCAAUUCGACCUUUUGGUCAUUUAUACAAACUCGAGGCCACGAUACUGUGGUCUAUCAUUGAUCCUCCCUUACUGCUCGGUGCCAUGUCGAACCCGCCCAGAAAUGAUGGCGAACGCCUAAAGUCCAUAAGGAAGAGAUUGUAUGAGGUGCAAGGUGCAGACAGGCUCAAGCUAUGGCUCGAAUACACCGUUGCGCAGGACGAGGACCCAGAGCUGCAGGAAUGGAUGUCAAGAUGUUCACCAUUUCUGAAACUCCACUCAUGGUCUGUGGAUGACCCAAACCACCCCAAGGUCGUAUUCAAGUAUACUAUCCAGCAGAAUAAUUGCAACAGGAUGGGCAAUGCCCAUGGGGGCCACAUUGCCAGCCUCUUCGACUGGGUGACAACGAUGCCGCUGACCUUGGUCAACAAGCCCGGGUUUUGGUUCUGGCUGGGGGUGAGCAGGACGCUGAAUGUGACCUACCUCAAACCAAUACCACUCGGCGAGGAGAUCUUGGUCGAGGCGGAAAUCCUGAGCAUCGGAAGGAGGCUGGCUACGAUCCGGGGCACGAUGAGGAGGGCUAGCGACGGGACUCUGCUCACCGUGUGUGAACACGGAAAGGUUAAUGCUGACCCCGAGGCCGGCAGCAAGCUUUAACUCAAGCCCAGUGUGAGAUUUGUUCACGACUCGGGUCUUCCGAGUUGGCGUUUACCUAGAGGGAAAUAUACUCUACACAGCGUGUACACGUGUAGAUACACGCAGAGGUACAACAUGACAUACAGGUCAUGUGCGUGCAUAGACAGGGGGUACAUCACGGAAUGAACCCAAUCCCCCCUAGUUUGUACAAGGGGACGAUGUCUGGAAUUGUUCGUUGGUGGCCC